AUGUCCUACACUCCGUCUGAAUAUCUUCAACCUUCGUCCAUCGAUUCAUCGUCUCAGACUCCUCCCAACUCACCUGCCGCCUCUCCAGCACCUGAGCUACCUGAAACUCCUCGACGCCGUUCCGCUGUUGAUCUAGAGUCGACACCAUCAGCACCUUCAGUCGACGAUCAGCUCAAAUUGAGUAUCUCUGCCCCCAAAGAUAUCACAAAUUACGCGCGUUCUACAUACUUGAAAGUGCCGAUGCAGAAUAUCACCCGCAUUCUGGGCGAGAAGAAAACCCAUGACAUGUUCACAGAUUUCCUUCCCGGAAAUGAUCCUCCCAAAGCCGUCCUGGACACCUUCUACUAUGUGCCCACCGAUCUUUCCACAGUGACAGAGGAGAAGAAAGUUUACCUCGAGAUUGCCCUGAUCGCCGAGUCCGUGUUCAAGGCCGCCGCAGGGAAUCGCGACCCCAACAAUAUCGCUAUCCCCGAGAUGGUUGCUCUGAAUACAUCAGCUAGAUGCCUCAGCGACGGCGUGGGUCUCGGUGUGCACCAGCGCACGUGCCCCGACAUGUCAAUCUACUUUUUAGAUGAACGCACCCGCGAGAUACUGCAGGUUAAGCAAAGUUCAAAGAAAGGACGUCCGCGACAGGCGCCGGACCAAGACGAUCAUACUCCUGCUCAAGCCCUCAAGAAAUUCGCGGGUAGGACCUCCUAUGCAGAUAUCGUUAUACCUAUAGAGGUCAAGACCGCCGCCCACAAGUCGGCAUUCAACUUCGACGCCUCUAAGACGCCUCCGCCACUCCCAGUGGAUGAGACACUCGACCAGGAUGAGACGCUCGACCAGUAUGAGACGCUCGACCAGGAUGAGACGCUCGACCAGGCUGAGACGCUCGAUCAGGAUAAGAAACUCAACCAGAAUGAGCUCGAUUCUGUUUCCCAAAUCACAGAGUACUGUGCCGCAAUCCUAGGACGACAACACCGCAAGCACCUCCUGGCGGUGUACGUCUGGCGUAACCAAGCCCGAAUCUUCGUCGUCGGUCGAGGGGGGACUAUCGUCUCCGAACCCUUCUGCUACGGUACACGGAACGACCUGACGCUACAUCACUUCUUCUGGCGUGUGGCGCAGAUGUCUAGAGAAGCCCUCGGCUUCGAUCCGUCCGUGGUCCGGGCCAGCUCUGACGACGAGGAGAAUCUGAUCGCAUAUGCGAAGACGCUGCCCACUACCGAUCAUCGGCGAUCUAUGUUGCGCGAGCUUCUGUGUCUGGACCCGACGUCAAAGGUGUGGUCGGACAAGAGGCCGCUCUCCGAAUUUCAGUGGCCACUUUAUCGCAUGAAAUCUGGAGGCGAGGAUUAUCUGGUGGGGCGUCCGGUCAUUCACACCUCUGCACUCUACGGGCCGGCACCGCGCGUCUUCCACGCCUUCAAGGCGGACGGCCCCGACUACGGCACGGGAAGAACCAUCAGGGACUACUGGCGACCGGAUGUGGAUGGCGUAGAUUGUGAGCAUGACCUCUACAAUCGGCUUAGCCAGGCCAAGCCCGAGCCCGUCCCCAAUGUCCCGACAUGCGAGUGCGGUGAAGACGUCAUGGGUCCCAGCGCAGACGGUACCCCGGUCCCGCAGCGCACCCCCAGACCGACAGAUGCGCGGGUUCAUCCUUACGUCCACUACCGCAUUCGACUAAAGGAGAUGUACCUGCCCUUAUACCACUUCAAGGACUUCCCAGAGCUGUCGGGCCUAAUGGCCGGCGCCAUGACCGCACACGAACGGGCAUGGCGCGACGCGCGCGUGAUCCACCGUCAAAUCAGCACGACCAGCAUCGUCAUCGCCUAUGUGCCUCAGGACGAGAAAACGUUCAAGCGGGUCGCAAUGCUCGCCGAUUGGGAUCUGGCGAAGACUCUCGAGCAGAUUAACGACGCCACCAGGCCCAGGCUGUAUGCAAUGGCGGCAUCCUGGUUCUUCCGGUCAGCUCUGUCUCUGAAGUAUCCCCGACGCCGGCCAUAUAAACUAUCGGACGACAUCGAGUCGUUCAUACACGUCCUCUACUACAUCGUUGUACGGUUCCACGACACGGAGCUCACAUACGAUGUGUCCUCAUUCGACUAUCUGCGACACAAAGUGGAAGCGGUUUUCGGCCAAUUCGAUUAUAUGACAGACGACGAAGUCUACAGGGGCGGGUUGGAAAAGUUGGGCAACUUCGAACGACGGAAAUCAUGGGUCCGAGUCCAUGCCAACGAGACUCUGAACAAGAUGCUCAACAAGGUUGCUGAAAUCGGCUACACACAUUAUGCACAGAUCGACUUGGAUGAGUACGAUGCGAUGUACGGCGCGCCCAACUCCGACUCCUUGCCGUCUCCCUCGGGCCCACCCACGGCGGCGCCGAAGGAUGCUGCAGAGACGGGGCCGCUGGAGACCCACGACAAGCUCAAGGAGGUAUUUGUGCACCUUGGGGACGCCAUGAACUGGAAGGCCGGUGACGCGUUGGCAAACAAGAAGACCGACGACUGGUUCGAGAAAGCGACCAUUACUCACAUGCAACAUGCAGGCCUUUUCGUGGACCCCGAGCGUGUGAAGCCCAAGCCUGCGAACAAGCGUCAGAAGACGAGACACUAG